AAUACUAAAUAUCAAUGUACUCGCUGAAGGCGAACUUAAUUCGGGAAUACAGUAUAAAAUAAAGCCCAUCGAUACGCCACUGGAGUGGCACGCUAAUGAAACUGGACUUUGGCCCAUAUCUUGCCGGUGCUUUCUUCACAGAACAGUAUUCUGCAUCUAGAAUUAGAAGUAUUGGUUGUGAAUGAUAUGGACGAAAAUGAUGUACCAUUCAUUAAAAUCGAACAAGAACAAGAAAUCCAUUCUGAUCUUCAAGAUAACAUUUUAGUAAGCAACGAAGCAUUGGUUGCAGUAAAGGACGAAAUUACUAUCACUGCACAGUGCUCCAAAUCGCUCGAUAAUGAAGAAGUAGAACAACACACUGAUUGUGGUUGGAAUAUUAAAAGUCAAAUUUGUAAUUUGAAUGUAACUUCGGCCAACACACAACAAAGAAACUGUGCAACAAAGAAGAAACAACGGCGUAUCUUAACACGCAAACGUAAUGUGCUACAAUGUACUAAUUGUGAUUACAAGACAAAUGUCAAAUACUGCUUUAAGCAACACCUUUUAAAACAUUCCAAUUCUAAAGAUUUUAAAUGUGCUAUUUGUAAUUUCGGUACAAAUCACAAACCCAGCAUUAAACGACAUCUUUUAAUACAUGCCAAUUUUAAACAUUUUAAAUGUGCUAAUUGUAAUUACGCAACAAAUAACAAAGACUGCUUUAAAAAACACCUUUUAACACAUACCGAUUCUAAAGACUUCAAAUGUGCUAUUUGUGAUUUCGGGACAAAUUACAAACGCAGCUUGACACGACACCUUUUAAAACAUACCGAUUCUAAAGAUUUUCGAUGUGCUAAUUGUGAUUAUGUAACAAAUAACAAAUACCACUUGAAACGACACCUUUCAAAUACCCAUUAUAACGUUUUUAAAUGUGCUACUUGUGAUUUCAAGACAAAUUACAAACCCAGCUUUGAACAACACCUUUUAAAACAUGCCGUUUUAAAAUGUGCUAUUUGUGAUUUUGAGACAAAUUACAAACACAGCUUUGAUCAGCACCUUUUAAAACAUAUCGAUUCUAAAGCUUUUAAAUGUCCUAUUUGUGAUUUCGAGACCAAUUACAAACUCGGAUUUAAACAACACCUUUUAAAACAUAUGGAUUCUGAAGAUUUCAAAUGUGCUCAUUGUGAUUUCAAGACAAAUAACAAAUACCACUUUAAACGGCACCUCUUAAAACAUACUAAUUCUGAAGAUUUCAAAUGUGCUCAUUGUGAUUACAAUACAACUAACAAAUACUACCUCAAACAACACCGUUUAAAACAUACUGAUUCUAAAGAUUUUAAAUGUGCUAAAUGUAAUUACGAGACACAUAUCAAACACAACUUUAAACAGCACCUUUUAAAACAUACCGAUUAUAAAGAUUUUCGAUGUGCUAAAUGUAAUUACGAGACACAUUUCAAAAACAACUUUCAACGACACCUUCUAAUUCAUACAGCUUCCAAUGUAUUUAAAUGUACUAAUUGUGAUUACAAGACGAGUAACAAACACUACUUAAAACGACAUCUUUUAAAACAUACCGAUUCUAAUGAUUUUAAAUGUACUGUUUGUGAUUUCAAGACAUUUUACAAACACAACUUUAAAGAACACCUUCUAAAACAUACCGACUUUAAAGCUUUUAAAUGUGCGAAUUGUGGGUACGACACAAAUAACAAACGCUACUUUAAACUACACCUUUUAAAACAUAAAGUUACUAAAGAUUUUAAAUGUGCUCAUUGCGAAUAUGAGACACAUGACAAAUGCUGUCUUAAACGACACCUUUUAACGCAUACAAAUCGUUUGUACAAGUAACAAAUUUCCCGUUCAUAUUGUAAUUUGUGAGGUCCCUGAUUUUUAGAUUUUGAAGUAACAUGAACUGCUGAAAUCCAAACUAUUUCAGCUGGUUAAUUAAACCGCUUAAUUAUUUUAAUGUAACAAAAACGAGAUUCUUCAUAUUUGUAACUUUUUCUAGUUUACAACAUAUUUGAUUGUUCAUCAUAUGUUAUCCAUUUUUAUCUCUUGCGCCAAGAUUUGUUUUUAAAUUUUCUACUUUAACUGUUAGGAGAAAUUAGAAUUAAAAAUAAACAUUUUCGUGUAAUAAACUCAAAUCAAUAAAACUCUACCAGUCAA